UUUUAAGGCCCAGAUAGGCCCAAGUAUUGUAUUGGGCCUAUUGUGUUCAACUUAAUUAGUUUAAUUUCAUCACAUUUCUUCUGAUCGCCUUCCUCUAGAGAGAGAGAUGGCGACGGCGUCGUUUAGGUGGAUUCUGCAGCUUCACAGAGAUGUACCAAAAGCGGCUCGAUUCUACGCGCAAGGUCUCGACUUCUCCGUCAAUGUCGUCACUUUACGCUGGGCCGAGCUCGAUUCUGGUCCUCUCAAGCUAGCUCUUAUGCAAUCUCCCAGCGAUCAUGUUGCUGAGAAAGGGAACUCAUCGCUUCUAUCGUUCACCGUCGCAGACAUUAAUGCAACAGUGACCAAACUUAUGGCACUAGGAGCAGAAUUAGAUGGCACUAUCAAGUAUGAGAUACACGGAAAGGUUGCAGCCAUGAGAUGCCCUGAUGGUUACAUGUUAGGCCUUUAUGAGCCUGCAUUAAUCAUAUGAAUAGAUUUUGUUAUUACAAAUCUUAUUCAUCUUCUCUUUGAAGCUAUUGUUUACUUGUAAGAAACCAAAGUCACUUUUCGUUUUGGAGAAGUUAUGACACUCAGGAAGUUAGAAAAGGCGAAACUUUGAGGCCUAAACGACCAAGUGCUUUUCCCGCAUAUGGUUUAUAGGAUGUGGCUAUCAAGUUGAUUGUGUAGGAGAUUGUUCUGUGAACUUGGGGAUCCAAAACUCAUCUCAUGAUCAAUAAAGAGUUGUUCCUCCAUAGAUAAUAAAAAGGAACAUAGAGAUUA